AUGCCCAAGGCCGCCGCCAAAAGCAAGACCACCGGCAAGGUCGAGAAGCGCCGCGCGAAGAAGGACCCCAACGCCCCGAAGCGUGGCCUCUCUGCCUACAUGUUCUUCGCCAAUGAGCAGCGCGAGAACGUCCGUGAAGAAAACCCCGGCGUCUCUUUCGGUCAGGUCGGCAAGAUUCUUGGAGAAAGGUGGAAGGCUCUCAGCGACAAGCAGCGUGCCCCCUAUGAGGCCAAGGCUGCCGCCGACAAGAAGCGUUAUGAGGACGAGAAGCAGGCUUAUAACGCCGAGGCCGACGAGGAGGAGUCUUCCUGA